UUUGUCCGUGAUUACUUCUUGAAGAACCCUCUAGAUCAUCCACUCAGGGUGCCACGCCUAAGAUUCACUACCAGUAGUGUCUGGUUUAGACUAAACCACUGGAUUGAUCAUGAUUUGCGAGCUUAUGUAUUGGACUUUUUCCGGCUGCUGAUGGGACGACAACCAUGCAGUGUACAAUACAAUGAAAGCCAGAAAAAAACAUUGAAAUCUUUGGAUUAUUUUACCCUGAAUCAGUGGGAAUUUUCAAAUGACAACUUGGUGAUGUUGUGGAACAAAGUGAAUAAGGAGGACCAAUCGGUUUUCAAUUUUAAUGUAAAGAGCAUCAAUUGGCCAUCUUAUGUGGAAAACUACUGUCUUGGCGUGAAGAGGUAUUUUUUGAAAGAAGAAUUGUCGGGCUUGCCAGGCGCAAGAAGGGCAAUGAAAAGAUUACAGUAUUCCUGGUUUCUCAUAAAAAUCACCACAUUCAUCAUAGUGUGGUGCCUCCUGGCUAAGCGUGUGGCUGUUGCUCGGGCUUUAUGGCAGAAAGUUAUCUUUUUAGCUUUAUUUAUUUACCAGAAACUUCCAAGCUUUGCCAAGUCACAUUGAUUUUGUUACUCAUUCAAAUCAUCUGAAUUCACAUCUUUGUGAGUUUCCAUGGUUUAUAAUGACUGGAAAUAAUAUGGUGCCAUUUGUAAAUAUUAUGAAAGAAGUGUAGAUGUUCCUGCAAACUAUGAAAUCAUUCCUUACUUGGUGCACCUUAUUAAUGUUCAAUGCAAUGAUGCAGCAAAAGUUAUUGGCUAUUGCUAUUACCACCUUGAAUAUUUUAAAGUAAUUUUUGUGAAAUUUCAAGUUAUGCAGCAAAUCCAGAUGGAAACUUGUGCCUCAAAUACAUCACAGUAAAUUUUAGUUCUACUAUAAGAACUGUAUCAAGAUGUUCAUUUUUAUUUUUUUAUAUGACAUAUUAUUUUCAAUUUGAAAGUUUGUUGGAAGGAUCAUUUGCCGCUCCUUAAUAAAUUUAUUGAGUUUUACAAACCCAUAUUUCUUUAAUUACUUCAGACAUAAAAACUCUGUGGUUCUGGAAUUGUAAAUUGUAAACUGAAGCCAAAAUUUCACAUACAUUUCAGGCAUUGUUGGAUAGUUUUGAUUUAUCAUGAACAGUCGAUCAUACUUUUAAAUGUUUGAAAGAUCAAGCAAUUAGUCAUUUUAACCUUUUUUUCCAAAAAAUGCUAAAUCAAGGUGUACAGUUCAAUCCCCAUUUCAUAAAAGGAGUACUAUGGUAAUGUCCAUCUUUUCAAUAGGCAAAAAUUAUCCAACUUUCAGAUGUCACUUGAAAAUCGUAAAAAUUAUAUUUUUGUAUAGCAUUUGUGGUGCUUUUAAUGCAUAGAACA